AUGACAACGACGACGACAGCAAACCUUCCAUUCUCACCGGCACUUAUAGUCAACGGCUCUCUCGCCGUCCCCGGUGGCCGCGACAUAGCCCCCGCCGUCAAUCAGCUCCUCCGCCUGCCCUUUGUCAUCAAGGUGGCCACCCGAGACUGGCAUCCACAAGCCCACAUAUCCUUUGCCACGAACCACCACCGCCCCGCCGCCGACUCUCCACCGCCACAGCCAUUCACGUCUUCGACCGACGUCGUCCACCCAUCCGAUGCAUCCCGCUCAUAUACCACCACCCUCUGGCCGGUCCACUGCGUCGCCGGCACCCCGGGCGCACAGCUAGUACCCGAGCUCGAGCUCGAGCUUGACGGCGGCGACACCAUCAUCAUAGAUAAGGGUCGCGACCCCCGCGUGGAGAUGUACUCGGCCUUUUACGACCCUUUCCGCCUCGAGGACUCGGGCCUGGCUGGCCUCCUCCGUGAUCGCGGUGUCACGCACGUCUACGUCGUGGGGCUGGCGGCCGACUACUGCGUCAAGGCUACGGCCGAGCAUGCCCUGCAGGAGGGGUUCGAUACGUGCAUUGUGGCUGAUGGUACGCGGCCUGUUGCGCCCGAUGCCUGGCCUUCGUGUCUCGACGGCAUUGUCGCCAGCGGGGUGCGCGUCGUCGACCUUGAUGGUGACGACGUCGCUAGGGUGAGGGCCCGGGCAAGCAGCUAG